CUCCCUGCCUGAUUCCCAGCGCGCUGAGGGUUCUUCCACCGACCACAAUGAACAAGUUCCUGUGCUGCACGCUUGUGCUCUUGGGCAUUUCUGUUAGGUGGACCAUCCAGGAUGACGCUCCCCCCAAGUAUCCCCAUUACGACCCAGGGACAUCUCGUCGACUGCUGUGUGACCAGUGUCCUCCUGGGAGCUAUGUGAAGCAGCACUGUACAGCCACCAGUCCGACGCAGUGUGCCCCGUGCCCGGAUCAGUACUACGCCGAAGAAUGGAACAGCAAUGAUGAAUGCCAGUACUGCAGUGCUGUUUGCAAAGAGCUGCAGUACGUCAGGCAGGAGUGCAGCAGCACACAGAACCGUGUCUGCGAGUGCGUGGAGGGCAGAUAUCUGGAGCUCGAGUUUUGCUUAAAGCACACAGAGUGUCCGCCAGGAUUCGGAGUUGCACAGCCAGGUACCCCUGAGAGUGACACUGUAUGUGAGAGAUGUCCAGAAGGAUUUUUCUCAAAUGAAACAUCAUCUAAAGCCGUCUGUCUUAAGCACACAAACUGUAGUGCUCUGGGUUUCAAAAUGGCUUUGAAGGGAAAUGAAGUUCGUGACAACAUCUGUCAGGAAAAUACAGAUACGACACCUCAGAGAUGUGGAAUAGAUGUAACCUUGUGUGAGGAGGCGAUGUUCAGGUUUGCUGUUCCUACUCAUCUCACACCUAACUGGCUGAACAUGCUAGCAGACAGUUUGCCUGGGACAAAGGUUAGCACAGAAAAUAUUGAAAAGAUUAAACAAAGGCACAGUCCUCAAGAGCAGACCUUCCAGCUUUUGAAAUUAUGGAAGCAACAAAACAAAGAACAGGAUAUGGUCAAGAAGAUUAUUCAAGGUAUUGAUCUUUGUGAAAAUAGUGUCUUAAAGCAUAUUGGCCACCCAAACCUGACCUUUGAACAUCUCAAUAUGCUGAUGGCAAGCUUGCCAGGCAAGAAAGUGGGAAAAGAAGAUGUUGAGCGCACAAUGAAACUAUGUCAACCCACAGAGCAAGUUCUGAAGCUUCUCAGUCUGUGGAGAAUAAAGAAUGGUGACCAAGACACCACUAAAAGUUUAAUGUAUGGACUGAAGCACUUGAAAACAUACCACUUUCCAAAACGAACCAUCCAAAGUCUGAAGAAGGUGGUUAAGUUUCUUCACAGAUUUACAAUGUAUAGAUUAUACCAGAAACUCCUUUUAGAAAUGGUAGGGAACCAACUUAAAUCUGUGAAAGUAAGAUGUGUAGAUGUGUAGAGUUAGAACUCCAGAUAUUUGUCAUUCUCCACUGACUAUUUUUCCCUAAUUACUGCCAGCAGUAAUUAAACUGGAACAUUGUUUCCCCACAUUAUGUUUUACUAUUUAUAGAAAUGCCUGACUGGAAUAGUUCUAAGUCUUCUGCAGUGGUUUUGGAGGUUUUGU